GAGGGGAGCAUUUGUUUUGUGUGGUUUUUGGUUGGGAUCUUCUCUAGACAUAAGAGAAUGGAUCGUGAAACAAACAAGAUUAGCAAGAAGAAGAAUGUUAAAAAACAUAAGUUGUCUAAAAGGAAAAAACACCAUGAUACGAGUGGCGAAGAAUCCAUUGACCUGUCUGAAAAGAUAUACCCUAUAGCUCAUUACAUCAAUGACAGGGAAGAAAUGAUCCAACAAGUUUUCUCUGUUAUGGAAAAAGAAAAGCUUAAUUGCAUGCUUCCACCUAUCUUAAAAGGUAUGACAAUCGAAGUGUUAAAAGAAAAGUGUUUGAAGGAGUUGACAAAAAUGUCUGAUGAUGAAGUACGGAAGGUUUUAUGCGGAGAAACCAUUGAAGCCUCGACGAAAAAGGUGCCAGGUCCUACAAACAUUGACUCCGACACUUGUCAAAGUCUGUCAUCUGUUGAAGAAUGUAACAAUACUGAAAAGGAGAAGCGGACUCUUUUGGAUAUCCUUGAGCAAGAAAUGCAAGAAAUAGCCUACAAUACUGUACUGAAAAGAGCAGAGAAACCUGAAACAGAAUCUGAUGAUGGGUUGCCAGAAAUUGUAGCGAUUACCCCUACACAUUCCCCCUCAAGAGCAACAAAUAAUGUGCUGCUCAUAUGCAUUGAUUCUGGAGAUGAUGAACCGUCCAAGUGUGUUAGUGAACCUGUCAUUGGAAAUAACAUACUCAAACAGUUAGACAAUCAUGAUGUUGUAUGUGAAGGUGGCACUGAUGUGCUUUGUAUUCCAAACACAAGUGCAAAUACGGAAACUGUCAACCUUGAAAAGAACACCGCGAGUUUUGUGAAUAUACCUUCAACCUCGCCUUCAAAACCUCCACCUGAAAUCAAUCAUUCAAACUUAGGCCAUAUUUCCAAAGCAACUAAUUCCCAGGAAAGUUUAACAAUUCAAGUCUUUUCUAAGAACAUGUCAUCAGAGCGAAUAGUGAAAAAAGUCUGCAAGCUUUCUAAUUCUGAUCCAGACUUAGGUAAGAAUCCGAUUGUGAAUACAGUGAAUUCUAAAGCUGACGAUCUGGUAACAGAUAGUGCUUUGUUUGAUUGUGAUAAAAAUAUAUUGUUUAGUGAAAAUAGUCAGAAUGUUGUUGAAGUACUUACUACUGUCCCCGCUAAUGAGGUUGAAGAAAUUCAAAUAAUAGAUGAAAAUAUCACUGCACAGCAAAGCUCAAAAGAAGGCAGUCAAUUUUGUGAUACGUCUAUUUCUCAGCUAGUAGAUAGUUGCAUUAGCCUUCAAAACUCAAUUAAAUCAAUUGACCCUCAAUAUGAUGAAGUUACCUUAGAAAACAAAGCUGAAGAAAAGGAAGAGGGUGAAAUCACUGAAGAAGAAUCUGAGGAGGAAGUAGAAGUAUUGGAGACCUCUGAAGAGCAACAUCAAUCCUCCACCAUUUUCCUGUCAUCUGAUGAUGAUGUGAAAAGUGACCUCAGUAGGCUGGAUCAGAAGAACAAAGUACGGAAACAUCAUCACAGAUCCAAGGGUAGUAAAAGAAAUAAUGUCUCUCCAGAGCGAUCAAGGAGGCGCAUUGAGAAACGUGGCAACCGAAGCUAUAGGCGGAAAACAACAUCAACAGUGAAAGAAAGCCAGCGUCAUAAUGAGAAAGAAAAAGGAGCAACACCAGAUAAUCACUCUUUAAGCAACAGCACUCAAAUACCAGAUGAGGUAACUUUAGAAAGCCAUCCAGCAGAAACUGAAUCAACCCUAUCUGAAAAAGAUGACUCUUCGCAAGUUGUGGAAGAGAUGGAGACAGAAAUCUGUGACCCAUCCACCUCACCUAACACUUUGGAAAUUCACAUUUCUGACACAAAACUGGAUUCAUCAGAAGAAACUGAGGGAACUGACUCGGCUGAGCCAGUUUCAACAAAAACGUCAUGGGCUGAUAGAUGGGCUGAAAAGAAAGACUUAAAAAAGGUAGUAAUAACCAGUAAAAUUUGUCAAAAUGUACGCAAAAGAAUUUUGUCUGCCAGAAGAAAGCAAGCAAAUCCAGAGCCGGCCACUACUCAGACUGCCCCUUUGCCACCUGUUCCUCCACUAGUGCUUCAUGUCGAAGGGAGUGUUCAGGAGUAUCAAAUGUUACAACUGUUAGACACCGAAGAAAGAAACGAGCCAAAUCCUUCUGUAUUAGAUUUAUUACCACAUGGCAAGGAUUUUGAAGUCGUUUCCAGUGUUAAAUCCAACCACGAUUUGGAAUUACCUGACCCAAAUUUAGAAGAAGCCAAUCAAACAGAAUGAAGCUUUUUCUUUUCAUUCUGAUUUUUGACCACAUCUUAUGUUUUUUUGUUAUUAUUAUUUUCAAUUGAAUUAGAGAUUGUUAAUGACUGUUGUGGGCUGAUUGUAAUCUAUUUCUAGAUUUCUGUUGCCAAGAAAUCUCAUAGCAAACCUUAGUUGUUUUAUUUUCUUUCUUUCUGUUUCUUUUAGAACCAAAGUCUGAACUCAAUGCACUCUGGCAUCUUCUGCAUGAACCAAAAAGAUUUCCUCUGGUCUAUUUGUCUCUCUUUUUUUUUUUUUUUUUCACUGUAAUUAUUGCCAUCAUUCUUUUUUCUUGUUUAGGAUUUUGCUAAUGCUGUAUUUUGUGCUGUUUUUCUGGUGGGAACUUUUCUUUGAUUGUUAAAAAUUGAAGUAAAUGAAGCAUUCUUAGAAUCUC